UAGUUCUUGCUGUGGCUUCACUCUUGCAGCCAAAGGGCCCCCACACACUUCUGCUUUAUCUCUCCCCACACAGCAUGGGGGAUACACAGGACUGCAGGUCAGAACCUUAUUCUUUGGUUUUCAGUUCUUUUUUCCAAUCUGCAUAUUGAGACCCAUUUCCCUGUAAAACAUGUCGGUUGGUCCAUCCCAGCAUUUCGAAGGUUCUCUCUCUAUAUGCAGCAGGCCUGUGCUUGGGGACGCAGAGAUGUCCCUUAUUUGCCUGGCAGACUUUGAGGCCUACGCCAAGGAGAACCUGCCCAAAGCCACGUGGGAAUAUUACGCAGCCGGUGCGGAUGAAUGCUGUACAAGGGAUGAUAACCUGCAGGCAUUCAGAAGGAUCCGCCUGAGGCCCCGGAUGCUCCGUGAUGUCUCAGUAAUGGACACAAAGACCACAGUGUUAGGGGAAGAGAUCAGCUGCCCUAUUGGUAUUGCCCCCACGGCAUUCCACUGCCUGGCCUGGCCCGAUGGCGAGAUGAGCACGGCUAGAGCGGCUGAAGCUCUGAACCUCCUGUAUGUGGCCAGUACCUACGCCACCUGCUCUGUGGAAGAAAUUUCCCAGGCUGCCCCAGAAGGACUGCGUUGGUUCCAGCUCUACGUAUACCGGGACCGUAAGUUGUCCGAGCAGCUCAUCCGUCGAGUGGAGGCCCUGGGCUUCAAGGCUUUGGUUCUAACGGUGGAUGUGCCCUACACGGGCAAGCGAAGAACCGACAUCCGCAAUAACUUCCGCCUUCCACCGCACCUCAAGGUCAAGAACUUUGAGGGAGUGUUUGAGGGACACAGUGGCCCCGAUAACUAUGGUGUCCCAGUCAAUACCCUGGACCCAUCAGUAAGCUGGAAGGACAUUUGCUGGCUGCGCAGUGUGACUAAGCUACCAAUCGUCAUCAAGGGAAUCCUAACCAAGGAGGACGCGGAGUUAGCAGUGGUGUACGGUGUCCAGGGGAUCAUUGUCUCCAACCAUGGAGGGCGCCAACUGGAUGGAGAGCUCGCCACGAUUGAUGCCCUGUCAGAAAUCGCGGAAGUGGUGCAAGGCCGGAUAGAAGUCUACUUAGAUGGUGGGAUACGAACAGGAAGUGACGUUCUGAAAGCGAUCGCUCUGGGUGCCAAGUGCGUGUUCCUGGGACGCCCCAUUGUCUGGGGUCUCACCUACAAGGGAGAAGAAGGAGUGAAGGGAAUCCUGCAGAUACUCACAGACGAAUUCCGGCUCUCCAUGGCCCUCUCAGGCUGCCGGAACGUCUCCGAAGUCAACCGGAACCUCAUUCAUGUGGCUAAACUGUAGGGCCGGGAUCUGGCACCAUUGCUGUUUGGAGGGAUCAGAGGGGCCAAUGCUGCCCCGGGUACCAACCUGCAAAUAAAACUCGUGCUGCUCAA